CGAGAGACAUAUGUUUUUGGAAAAUACACCGACGGAUUGCACUUUUAUCGUUGGAAUCGCCAAAGACGAAAUAAAACGCAUACAAUGUCACAAGAAAGUCUUGGCAGAAUGCUCAGAGGUUUUCAAUUCGAUGUUCAAUGGGAAUUAUUUAGAAUCGGAAGAAAAUUGUGAAAUUCGCUUGAAUGAUGUUCAAUCUUAUGUGUUUGAAUAUUUUGUGAAUUAUAUCUAUUGGAACGAUUUGCCAGAUGAAAGUUCUGUAAUAGAGAUUGCACAGUUGGAUUAUUUAGGUGACAAAUACAUAAUUCCUUUUUUAAGUAAUACAACUGAGCAAUUGAUAAAGGAAAAGUGUUUUAUUACAUUAUUCGAAUUAGUGGAAUGUCUAAAAUUUCCAAUUUCUCACAAGUAUGUCAAGAUCAUUAAUUCUAUUCCAGUUCGAAUGAUGAAAGAUAUAUUGCCAUCUUCUAUUUACAAUUUAAACCUGUCAUCCUUUGUAGUGGUUUUAGAAAAGCUUAGUAAUGUACUAGAUAAACUAAGACUUUUUGAAAUGAUUGAAAAAUACGUGUUCUUCAAUUUUAUGCAAAAAAAAAAAAUAUUAAAAAUGUAAACGAUACAGAAAUACUAAGUGGGGCCAAUAAAAUUAUUAUUAAAAAAAUGUUGUCAACGAUUAAAUUGGAGGAUAUGACCGCAAAACAGUUUUUGGACGGGCCUAUGAAGUCGUCCAUUAUAGAUGUGCACUUGAAAUUAAAUACAUUAAUUAAAAUAUCUAAAAGAUGCAUUCCAAUGGAAGAAGUUAUUUGUUGCAAGU